AUGCAGGACUACCCUGGCCCCAUGGAGGUGGUCGUCGUGGACGACAGCCCCCAAGCGAGCGAGCUUACCACUGCCGGCAACGUGCCUGUGAGGUACUUCCACCUCACGAAGCGGCACACCAUCGGCGAGAAGCGGAACAUGGCCGUUUCAGCUGCAAGCCAGUCUGACGCGGACGUCAUCUGCAUCUGGGACGAUGAUGACAUCUUCACAGUUGACAGGCUGAGACAGCAAGUCUCGCGGAUGUUCGCCCGGAAUGCUUCUUGCUCCAGCAUCCAGGUUGCCUUUGUGGCCGUGCUGCCGCAGAAGGGACGACCAGGAGUGCUGCAACGUUGCAAGGGCAUGCCUUUGCCUUUCGAGAACAGCUUUUGCUUCCGCAGGAGCUGGCUCGAGGAGCGGCCUCCGUUUACGAACUCCAGCCUUGGUGAGGGCAACGCCCUUUUUGAAGGCCUCAGCGACUGGUACUCCGAGGCGCAGCCCGUACCGGGAGAGGAACUUCCAUUCCUGUACAUUCGCACCGCGUCCUCCACCGCGCCAGACGAUGCUUUGGAGCCUUACCCAGUUCGCUCCAUGCUGCUGGCGCCCAAAGAAGGCGCUGCGCGGCUGGACCUUCCUUUGUUGGCGCUGGCGCGAGCGCUGCGCCGCCAGCGGUUCCCCGAGCUAACGGAGUCCUGUCCCGGUGCCGCCGCCCUGGUUUUGGUGCGAGAGUCGUUGAAAGCUGCGCUGGAAGAGGAUCUGCAGGCCAUGUCCGCCAAUGUCGCGGACUCGCAGAAGCUGGCGCCCACCUACUGGAAGGCGCUCUGUGGGCCUGGGCCCGCGCCCGGGCCGGCUGGGGAGGCGCCCGAGGGCUCCCGGAAUCCGGACUUCGCCCCCGAAAACCUCAACCUGGAGAACCGGCCUCCGGCGGAAGUAGACUCGGACCCGCUGCCACCACCAGAGCGGGCCCUGGAACUACUGAGGGUGGCACUGCGAGGUCUCUGA